AUGGGAAACAAAACCAUCCUCGACAGACCUUUCCAGGCUGAGGCAAACCAGGUCAAUGAACCUCUGGACAAACUCAUUCAAGUCUACCACGCUGCCAAGGCUGAGUACUAUCUCGGAGACGCCAACAAGUCUGGAAUCUCGGACAAAUCGACAGACAAAUUCACAAACGUCCGCUUCCUUCGAGACACCGCAGAGAACCUUCUUCGAUGCCUCAAGGCUCAGAUAAAGGAUCAUCCCCUGAUCCCAGAGGUCGAGCGCGUGGUCACUGCCAGCUGCGAGCAUGCUGAGCGUUUGGCUGGUGGACGCAAGCGUAUCUUUGAGGAUCCUGAGAACGAGCAACUGGCUCGUCACCGCAACACUCGGCGACACAAUCAAGAAAAUAAGACCAGUCUUCACCCGAGUCACCCCUCUACCGGUUAUCAGGGCACUCAAGCCGAACCUUCGAAGAGAGCGCGCACUUCCCAACCCGUUGAUCGUUACCGCGGCGAAGCUUACAAGGCGGAUUGGCAUACCGGUCGUGCCUAUGAGCGAACUGAGCGUACUGACCGUGGCCAUGCCCAUGGCCGCCCUACCCGCGAUCAUCAUCGUCGUGAUCGCCCUGCUGUCCGUGAUCGUGAAAGCUCUCGUGCCGAACCCGCCGAUCAUGCUGUGAACGUUGAGCACGCCGGAACUACUCGUCACUCUGAUCGUGGUGACCUCUUCGACCGCACUGAACCCUUCGGCCUCCACGACGAAGGCCAUAGCGGAAGUAAUGCAAGACUGUCCCCAGAAUGA